GUCUUGUAUAUAUGUAUUUCUCUUGUAAAACACAACUAAAUAUACAUUAUCCUUAAUUCAUACAUUUACAGAGAUAUAUUGUUUUCCCCAUUAUGGCUAAUGAACAAGCAAAUAUAAAACCCUUUCCUUCAGAUAUUUCUGAGGAAAAAGAUUAUGAAUACGUUACUGAAGAACAUAUUCACAGCCUUGUAGAAAAGUCUGUUAACAAAUCUGUCCAAGCUGCUAUCCGCUCCGCUAUGUCCACCAUGCAGGACACGAUUUCUAAAUCAGUAACACUAGCCAUUGCUCAAGCUACUCCUAGAGAAUCCCCUCAGAAAAUUCCAUCUACUCCUUCUGAGUUAUUCUGGUCCGCUGAGGAUUCUACCACAGCUAUGGCUAAAGGCAUAAAAAAGUCUAGUAAAUGUUCUCAGAAGAGACAUUUUUGUUAUACCGAUACCUCUUCCCCUAAACAUAAAAAAUUAAUGUCCAAAAAAGAGGAUCAGGUCAAAUCACAUAGCUCGCACAUUAAAGCUAGCUCUUCUGCAGGUGUCCAAAAGUCACACCUUUUACCCUCCGCCCGUGAGGAAGAAAUUUAUAAACGGGCAAUCAAAGUCCCUUGUCGGCUUGAACCAGACUUAAACGAAACCUCAUCAAAUGAAUCUUUUUUGGAGGAAUCAGAUUCCUCAUAUAUAGAUGAAAAUUCGGACUGUGAGGAGGUUUCAGAUAAAGAUGUUAAUAAUAUGCCUAUUGAUGAUGAUGCCACAAUUUUGGACAGCACAGGAGAACCCUACUUCGACCCAGGGCACAUAAAACACCCGCGAUCGGGAGAGUGGGUCCCUCACCCUCAAGUGGCAAAAUUUUUAUCCCUUUGGAUGAGAAAACCUCUAGAAAAAUCAGCUAGGAGCAAAUUGAGAGCAGAAUGUCCUAGACCCACAUUGCCUCUUAAUGCAGCCUCUACUCCCGAACUAGACCCUAUUCUAGUCAAAUAUUUAAUGAAAACGGGGAAAAAUCCCAAAAAGGCAUUGAUAGGUCAUUUAAAUCGUGUCAAGACAAAUUUCUUGACCUGUUAGGUCCAAUUACAAAGAUUUUGGACUUAUCGGAAGAAGCCAUAUCUUCUGGCAAACCCAUAGACGUAAACAUACUUAAAGGUUGGGCCCAAAGGGCAGUAUGUCUUUUGGGUAACACUAAUGCCGCCUUUUGUGCAGAGCGGAGACGCUCUAUCCUUAUGAGACUUGAUCCUCAACUCAUACACUUGGCUAGUACUGAAUCAAAAUCUAAUGAAGGUUUACUCUUUGGUAGUUCCUUCAUUAAGGAAAUAAGUAAAUAUGUAAGCAUAUUUUCUUCACUUGAUAAAGCUCAAACUUCUCUGAAAAAAGUGUUUCAACAUAGAGUUUUUGGCAGGGCUGGGAGAGGAAAGGGCCGCUUUCCCAGCCGCCAAUUCCAAGACAGAAAAUACUACAAAGGCCCUACCCAUUCCGAAAGACCCUCCUACACUCCAACAAACACUUUUCAACCCACACCCUUCUUUCCCUCACGAGGACGCCCUUGGAGGGCCAGAGGUCACAGAGGCUACCCCAGAUCCAGACCUCCUACAGUUUAAUGGACGACAACAGAAGUUUUUCCAGGUUCAAGAUCCAACCUACCUGAGUUUCGAUGUUCUUCUGAUUACAGUUUUUUUUCCUACUUCAACCAUAUCACAUCAAAAAAAGAGGAAGUGAAAGAGGACUCCAGAUGUUAUAUUACCUAGGCUACAUGCUAAUUGGUUACUAGUUACCUGUUACACACCUGACUAAUUAAAACACUUUUACUUUACUUUGUUAACUCUUGCUGCUAUGAGUAGUAAAGAAAGAUUUAAUGCAUAA